UUUGUUUGAAAAAUAUAGCGACACACCUGUUAAUGAAAAGGGGUCUUUGUUUCCUCGACAUAAAUUCUCUAAUUUGAAAAUAAAAGACCGCUUUCUCUCAAAGACACUCACAGUCUCAUAGUUCAUAACCGUUUCGGUUUCGAAAUUUCAGCAACAACAAACCGGUAAACACUUCUUCCUCAUUUCUCAGGGACAAUUUAAAGAAUGGAGGAUACUGUUAAGACAGAGUUAGAUGAUGUCAAGAAAGAGUUGGAGAAGUUUAGGGCAGAAUGCCGAGUCAAAACUCAAUAUAUAGAAAAUUUGAAGAUCCAUCGCGCCGAGAAAUUUCAAGAAAUUAAGAAUCUGGCUGAGAAACGAGCGGGUGAACUCGAUCUCAAGUCGGAGGAGAUUUAUGAACUGAAGAGAAUUAAUGAGGAUCUGAAGUCUAGUUUGAAUCAAAAGGAAAAAUUGAUCGCGCAUUUGGGUUUAGAGAAUCGCAAGAUUCAAGAAAGGUUAACUGAGAGGGUUUUGAAAUUGGAGGGGAGUAAUAGUGAGCUGGUUUCGUCUUUGGAUGAGGUUAAUGCUCGAAACAGUUAUUUGGAGCAGAAUGUUUCUGCUAGUAGUGAGGAAAUUUCGUGCCUCAAGUCGUUGUUAUUGGCUGCAGAGAAGAAGUAUAUUGAAGCGGAGGAGAGGGCUAUGCGAGCGAAGACGCUGGGAUUGAGAGAGGAUGUGAUAAUGCAGUUGCAGGAACAAAAUGUUUCUGUGCAAGAUAAAAUGAAAUGGAGGAAUGAACAGUUUAAGCAUCUUGAAGAAGCUCAUAAACAGCUUCAAGAUAAGUUUCGAUUGAGCAAGGAUGAGUGGGAAAAGGAGAGGUCUUCGUUGCUUGAUGAAUUAUCUUCCUUGCAAAUCAGUUUGGAUUCUCAGACAAGAGCUUUGGAGGGGGUUCAAUCUCGUUUGGAGAUGUGUAACCAUGCGUUGGCUCGCGAAGAAAGCAAGAGGAUGCUCUUGGAGGCUGAAAUAUCGGACUUCAAAACUAGCCUCGAGGAUGUUUAUGGUCAGUUUGAAGAAAAGAAGUCUGAGAUACAACAAUUGACUAUUAUGAGGGACGAUGAGGUAGCCGAGCUAAGAAACUCAUUGGGAGAGAAAGAGGCUCUUGUGAAAGAAUUGAAGAGGAGAAUCGUUUACCUUGAACAAGAUAAUCAGGAGUUGGGAGAUUCGCUUAAAGAAUUUAGGGAAGCUCAGAUUCGUGACGCGGGAGGGAAUUAUAUGGCAUCAAAGCUUCGCAACAAGCUGAAAAAGUUGGAGGAUGCUCAUAAAAACUGUUCUUCAACUCUCAAGUCUAGAGAAUCCCAAUGGAAUGAUCAGAUAGCAAAGAUGGAAGCAGAUAUUGUUGGUUAUAAAUCUGCACUGAUCAAUAAAGAACAAGAAAUUAGGGAGCUUAUGAUGGAAUUGGAAAAAUGUUGCUAUGCCAAUGAAGAGAAUCAUAUUGAACUAUUGAUCUUUAAGUCGGUACUUGCUGAGGGUUAUUCCAAUUCAUGCAGUACAGAAACUGAUAAAGCGGUCUGUGUUGAAGCGAAUGAAGUUAUGAUUCUAAACUUUAACGAGCAACUGAGAGUGAAAGAUAAUUCUCUAAAAACUCUGUCACAACAACAAUUUCUGUUGGAGGAAGAGCUUCAACAGCAGAAGAAAUUGCUCGAGGAAUCAUCUACGGGUCAGUUUAUAUUGAAAGAGCAACUCUUGCAGAUGGAAAACACUCUAAAACAUGAAAGAAAAGCUGCAUUUGAGGCUCUAGAAAUGCUAAAACAUGAACUUGCCAGUAAAAAUGACGAGCUGUCUCGAUUGGAUUGUGAAGCACAGAACUGGAAGUCUACUGCUGAAACUCUUAAAGUUUCGUAUGAAGAUAUUCAAGGAACCUGUAUAGAGAUGGAAGCUUCUCUUCGGUCACAGAUUGAGAACGAGCAAGCUCUUAAGCAGGAGAACAAAAACCUUCUCUGCAGGGAAACUGAAGGUCUUCAACUGCAGAUAGGUUUACUGGAAUCCUGCAUUGCCGAGAAAACAAAGGAAGUGGAGAAGUGUAAGCAAGAGAAUGAUGAACUUGUCAAAACAGUAACGGAGAAGGAAUGUUGCAUAAAGGAUCUUCAGAAAGAUAUAGCGGUUGUGUGCAUGAAGCAAGAUUCCAUGAAAAAAGAAUUAGAAAAUGCAGUUCUUGCACAUCUAGAUGCCCAAAAAGCUCUUGUGCAGAACGAAGACCGUCUUUGGAAGAUUUCAGAUGAGAAAGAUCAAACUCUAAAGCACUUUCAGGAACUAGCUAAAGCCUCGGAACAAGAUUUAAUGAAUGCGUUGUGCUUCUCUUUUUCAAAACAAGUGGAAAAGUUGGUUGAAGUUUGCAUGCUUAACGAAGCUAUGAAGAAUGUAGAAUACCUGACAAAGCUAGAAAUUGAAGAGAAGAACACAAGAAUAAUGAAGUUGGAAUUGGAAAUCAACAGUUUGCACGAGAAUUUGACGCACACUGAAGAAUCGUGUUCCCAUUUAAAACACGAAGCGAAGAAGUUUCAAACAUCAUUGGAAGACAUGGAGUUAGAAACUAAAAAGUUGACAAAGGAAAAGCAGGAGAUAGAACAGAUAAUUGCAGAUAUCAAGUUUGAGAAAGGAAAUUUGCUUCAAGACAUCACAAAAUUAUCGACGGAAAGGGAAGACAUGUUGGCACAGAUUGAAUACAUCUAUGACAAACUCGGUGAUUUGUUGUCUAUCGAGGGUAUGCAGUUGACAGAAGAACUAAGAAAUAUGUUGCAUACUUCUAUAGAUGAUGAAAAUGAAACGGCAAUGGAUUCGGUAGUUUGUGAUAAGCUAUAUGGUUCUGCUCAAGAUAGCACAAAUAAACAAAUUGAAGAAAAUUUCGAGGCGCGAUUGCCAUUGAGAGAAGUUAACAGUUUGCAUAUGUAGACCAUAGAAGAAAGUCAUGCUGUUGCUGAAGCACAAGGUAUACAAGUUCAGAAAUAAGCAACUCUUUAUAUUCUUUAUAUUCCCAUUACUGAUUUGUGUAAAAUAUUGUUGUUUUAUUUAGGAAUGCAAAUGGUUGAUAUUUUAGCUAGUUUCAUUCAGUGCUAUACUGUUGUUUCCCUUGAUAAGUCAUCUGAGAAAUUUUCCUGUGGACUAUGAAGGUGUUGCUUGUUUCUCAAGCAAGUUGAAACUGAACCAGGAACUUUGAAUCUAGGAUAUUGGCACAUGUAUUAUGUUGUUUCAUUGAUUGUUUCACUAAUUGACACAUUGUUUUAAAGA